AUGACUGAGCAAUCAGAUAUCGUUGAAUUACCAGCUAUACCGGCAGAUGCCCCUGAGUGGGUACGGGCUUUGCCUUCCAGCGGUCGUUUUGUCGAUCGUACUAAACUCUACGACAUAACCGGUCAUAUCCUGUUUGACUCAUUGUUAAACUCAAACGGCAUUCGACACUUCUUCUAUUUUAUGAAUAAUGAACAGAAUGUACAACGCGCACAACGAGCGUUUAACGGCAUUCUGACAACUCCACUUUCUCCUUCUCACGAGGAUUCAUUAGAUAACGACGAUUUAGAAGUUCGUGUUGCUUUUCACCUUGGAGAAGGUAUUUGUGGACACAAAGGCAUUGUUCAUGGCGGAUUGACGGCCACCAUGUUAGAUGAAGUCAGUGGUGCUGCUGCAUUUUCCUGUGUUGGACCUUGUUUUACCGCUAAUUUAACUAUUGAUUAUCUUAGACCAUUGAUGACACCAGCAUGGGUUCUCGUGCGUGCUCAUGUAGGUCGACACGAAGGUCGAAAAGUGUACAUACAUGGUACAGUGGAAAAUGGUGAAGGUGUUGUGUAUGCUAAGUCUGUAGGUUUAUUUAUUAAACCAAAAGUACCGGUGAAGGAGCAUGCUGAACAAAGUCAAACAAAAGCAUAA